CAGGUAACUGUGUGGCUCGAAAUCCAGGUCUGUGACUGAGGUCUAUAUGCUCUGGUGGUGGGUUCCAUUUGACAGGUAGGGAUCAGGAGCUUGGCCUCAGAUCUUGGCUGAAUAUGUAGAGAUUAAAUGAUUUGAAAAGCAUGGUUCCAUCUGUGUGUAAUUAGUACCCAGUGUGCUCUUGGUUCAGUUGGAGAGUGGCUGUCUGGUUUUAGAAGUCCUGUUUAGAAGACGACUUUUUUUUAUUUUUUAUUUUUUUGUUUUUCGAGACAGGGUUUCUCUGUGGCUUUUAGAGGCUGUCCUGGAACUAGCUCUUGUAGACCAGGAUGGUCUCGAACUCACAGAGAUCUGCCUGCCUCUGCCUCCCGAGUGCUGGGAUUAAAGGCACGCACCACCAACGCCUGGCCCUAGAAGACGACUUUAAAUGUGGACAUUGGUACUUGUCUGGAUUCAGCUGCUGGUGGGAACAAUAACUACAGGCGUUGAAUGAUGAACAGACUUGUCUGGCAGUGGAGUUCUUAGAUGAACAGUGCCAUUAGAGAGAGGGACAGGAGUCGGGGGUUUGGAUGGGAUGUUGAAACCGAGUGUAUGCCUGGCAUUGUGAUGUAUGCCUGUUACUCCAGCACUCAGAAGGCUGAGGCAGGAGGAUUGUGAGACUAAGACCAACCUGGCUUAUAUAGUGAGAUCUUGUGUUAAGAGUAUGGGGCUGGAGAGGCUCGGCUGUUAAGAGCACUUGCUUUGAAAUCACGAGGACCAAAGUUAGGAUCUCAGAACCCAUGAGCAUUACACACUUGCUUGUAACCUAACCUCUAAGAGGUUAGAGACAGGAGUACCAUGCCUCAAAGGAAUAGAUGGAAAGCAAUAAAGGAAGAUGCAGUGUGUAGGAGCACAGGUUUGCACGUUCCCACAGGUAUACAUACACUCGCACAAACACAUACAUGAAUAAAUAGAAAACUGAAAAUGUGAGGCUAGGUGGGUUUUCUUUGAUUUGGGAAGUUGGUCCAUGGCUGAGGCUUGCACCCUGUCACACCAUGCCCUCUGCUGGCAGAUAGGUUUAGCACCCUUAUUUUCUUCCUGCCUGUACUUGCUCCUCUCUUCAUGAUACCAAAAUACUGAAUUCUAAAGCAAAACACCUCUUACUGAAAACUAGCUGAUAAUAAUUUGUGAUGGCUCAGAAUUCCAGGAAGAAUUUUACAAAAGGAAAUCCAUUACCAUAUGAAUCUGUGCAUUUGGGGUGAGACACAAAUUUGGAUGCCACGAUCAGAAUUGCUCUUGCCACCCUUGGGUAGGUAGACUAGUACCUUAGGAUCUGGCCCUGGGCUGUGGCAUGCCGGGUGGGUGCUCUACUAUUGCACUACCUCUCCAGAAGUUUGUUUUCUCUCUUUUUUUCUUUUGAUUGUUUUUAAAGACAGGGUCUUGCUAUGUUAACCCAGGGUAGCCUGAAAUCACAAUCCUCCUGCCUCAGCUUCAUGAGUGCGGGGCUCACAGGUGGGUGCCACCUAGCUCAUUUUUGUUGUCUUUUUCCUCCCUUUCUUUUUUCUCCUCUUCUUUUUUCUCCUUUCUCCUCUUCUGCUUUGCAGUGCUGAGGGGCAAACCUUGAGUGUCUGAGCAAGUGUUCUGUCAGCAAGCUUCGUCCCCAGCCCCACAUAGGCUUUCAUUUUAACAAGUAUAUGUUCUAAGUAUGUCUGAUAAAUAGAAAAUCCAUUUACUUUUAAAAAUUACUUAGGUUUUCAUAUAUUAUGUAAUGUUUAAAUUAGGGUACCCAUACCAUUUCUCCAUGCCAUCUCCCUAAAACAUAUCCUCCCUCCCUCCUUCCUCUUUUUUUAGCAUUUGUUUGUUUAUAUAUUUGGAUGAUGGCAUGCACAGCAAGGCACAUAUGUGGAGGUCAGAGGACAACUUUCACGAGUUGAUUUUCUCUUUCCAUCAUGCAGGUUCCAGGGAUCAAACUCAGGUUUUUAGGCGUGGCAGCAAGCACAUUUAACCCACUUGAGUGAUCUUGCUGGUCCAAACGUCGUUUAUUUUUAAAUUUUCCUUCAUAAAAGUAUGUUUUCUAUUUUUACUUGUGUGUGUGCAUAUAUGUUGGUGUGUGGGUAGUCGUGGAGGUCAGGGCAGGAUGCUGGAUCCUUUGGAACUUGGUCUACAUGUGGAACUGAAUUUGGAUCCUCUGGAAGAGUAGUAUAUGCUGUUAACCACUGAGUCAUCUCUGCCACCCCAAACAUCAUUUGAAAUGAAAACGCAGCCUUGGGGCUGGAGAGAUGGCUUAUGGUUAAGAGCACUGACUGCUCUUCCAGAGGACCCAGGUUCAAUUCCCAGCACCUAUAUGGUGGCUCACAACUGUUUGUACCUCCAGGAUCCAACACCCUCACACAGACAUACAAAUAGGCAAAACACCAAUAAAAUAAAAAUAAUUAAAAAAAAAAGAAAAUGUAGCUUUAUUCUUUAUGUAUUUAUGUUCUCAGGGUCUGAAGUCUUAGAUUUCAAGUACAGAACAAUUUUCCCGUUCACAGUUGCUGACUCUUGACCUUGUUUAGUUAUAGGAAGCCCUUUGUGUGUCUGAAUGGCCUCGCUGGUGGCAUAUGAUGACUCUGACUCAGAGACCGAGACCGAGCCUACCAGAAGUGUGAACUCUGAAGGUCAGAUGGACGAUGCCUCUGCCGUGACCAGAUCUUCUGGGAUGGGCUUUGCUUCUGGUACAGUGGCUGUGACAAAAGAGGGGGCACAACACACAGGGGACCAACGUCUGCCGCUGGCUCGGAUCUGGAGAAGUCACCCGGGAUCUUGCCCCAGCCAGAGGCUACAGUGGCCCUCAAAGGACCCUGAUGCCGCCUUCUCCAUCAGUAAGCCUCCUCAUCCUUCGUGGAUGAGCCGAGCUCCAGCUGGUCACGUGCCUCUGGCAGCUGCCUGCUUGAAGUCAGUAAAAUCUGCCUGGGAUGCCCGCAGCUCAUCUUCUCAUACUCAAAGCGAAGCUGAAAGCACUGCUGGAAAUGCCAGCUCUUCUCAGAGGAAAAGGGGUGAGGACUGUGUGGUUCCCUAUACCCCCAAGAGACUGAGGCAGCUGCAGGCACAGAAUCCAGAAGAUGGGGGCAAAGACAAAGAGCCUCCGGGACCCCCUGCAGGAUAUGCCCCAGCGCCCCUCCGUGUGCCUCCCACAGUGUCUGAGUUCAUCCAGCCGUAUUUGAACAGUCAGCAUAGAGAGACCAAGGUCCCCAAGAGAGUGCUUUUCCACCUGCGAGGCCACAGGGGCCCUGUCAACAGUAUUCAGUGGUGUCCGGUCUUUCGUAAGAGCCACAUGCUUCUCUCAGCUUCCAUGGAUAAAACCUUCAAGGUGGUGAAAGGCUACAAGGCAACCAUCCAACAGACCCUGGACAUCCUCUUUCUCCAAGAAGGGUCCUCAUUCCUGAGCAGCACUGACGCAUCCACUCGGGACUCGGCUGACCGAACCAUUAUUGCCUGGGAUUUCCGGACUGCUGCAAAAAUCUCCAACCAAAUUUACCACGAGAGGUACACCUGCCCCAGCCUCGCCCUGCAUCCGAGGGAGCCUGUGUUCCUGGCACAAUCCAACGGCAACUACCUGGCCCUCUUCUCCUCUGUGUGGCCCUACCGGAUGAGCAGACGGCGGCGCUAUGAAGGGCACAAGGUGGAAGGCUAUGCUGUGGGCUGUGAAUGCUCACCGUGUGGUGACCUGCUGGUGACAGGCAGCGCGGAUGGCCGGGUUCUGAUGUUCAGCUUCCGCACUGCCAGGCGGGCGUGCACACUGCAAGGACACGCUCAGGCCUGCCUGGGCACCACCUACCAUCCCGUGCUGCCUUCUGUCCUUGGCACCUGCUCCUGGGGAGGAGACAUUAAGAUCUGGCACUAACUGGCAACUGAGACCCUGCCCCUGGGUGGGUGACACUAACGUUGGCUGGAGGUUAGGCCGGGGCAGGGGCUGUCCCCACUGCCUGCUGGGCCUCAGGGACCCAUCUGUGAGAUGGACGCGAGAAGCCGUCGCGGUGUGAGGGCUGCAUUAGUAAAGGCAUUGCGCAAACGGCUGUGGUGCCCAGUCGAUAA